AUGGCUUUAGCUACAUUAGGGGGAGGCCCGGGCUUGCCCUCCCUCAAUCUCGGACCAAUCGCGAAUCCGAUUGAGUCCAGACAAACAACUCCUCGCUCCCUCAUAGUCAAACGCAGCAGUAUCAAAAGCAGCUGCGUGGACUGGCAGCGUCAGCAACUUCUCGAAGCUCAAAAAGAAUUUUUUGAGCGAUGCACCACGAAGGCCGUGGGCGGCGAUGUUUGCCAGGACGUAACCCUUAUCCAUGAACUUACACAUUUACAAUCCAUAAAAGGAACCCUAGACUACGCUACCUAUGGUAUUUAUGGCGUAAUGGCACUUAUCGGAACGCAAAGGCUUGACAGCGCAAGGAAUUUAAAUCACGCCGACACCUACGACCGCUUUGCCCUUGCUGCAAGAUAUGAUCCAGGGGGCCGUAGCCUGCCGAACCCUAGUGACGUGAGCCCAAGUCAAGCGGGCAGCAGUCAGGUCCUCCAACAUAAAGUCGCCGGGAAUGAAGACAGUCGUGGUUACUGGGGCUGGGAUGAACAAGACGGUGAUAUGCGCUGCGUUUGGAAGGACAGAAGUCAACUGCGCCAAAGUCGGGAGAGCCAAGGUCGAGAGAGGCAGAGUCGAGGGGGCAGGGGUCGCGGGACCCCAACUCACGGCAAAGCCUACGUCCUCGCCCUCCGGACGGACGAGGGCUGUGGUGGCAGCCCGGCCAGCAAGUGCGUCAGCGACCUUACGGCCGACUCGGCCGAGGCCUUCGUCACGAAUCUCAAUCGCGCUGUCGUUGGCCGGAAUCCAUGGCAUCUCCGAAAUUCCGUACAAGACAGUUGUGGCGAUGACGACGACGCCGGUGUUGUCGACGAUGUUCGUCAGCAGGGAGGCAUGCAGAAUCAAAACAUGUAG